AGGAGCUUAGCCGUUAGGUCGUUGAGUGGUUCGUGGUUGUGCGUGCGUGUGCAUGCGUGUGCGUGUGCGUGCGUGUGGGUCUGUAUGCGUGUACACGUACGGUCGUGGGUACGCAUGUAUCGGAUACGAGGAAAGGGACGAAGGAGGUACUGCCGCGGAGAAGAGUGGGAGAAAGAGGCGACGGAACUGCGCGCCCGCGGCCUCCCACGUCGCGAAUCAUUCCUAGCCGAGUCUUUUCGACGCUCGCGACGCUUCUCCAGUUCCAUUUCCAGAGACACCGAUCCUUUUCGAUAUUUCGUCUUUAUGCACGCUUGUCCGGAAACGACACGGUUCUCCACGUCGUGACAGCGUGUGCGCCUUCGCUGGCUCCGAGUGGUGUCGCGACGUUCCAAAAGCUGCCAAUUUCCACGCACGAUUUUCGGUUUCUCUGCUACGUAUACAUACGUACAUCCUAUUUAGCCCUUUUGCCUUUCGGUGGAAGUUUCGCCUGUUCGGUUCCCCGUCUCCCACACUCGCAGAUUCCUUUAGCUUAGUCACAUCCCCCAAGAGCGGCCGAGAGACAGAGGCAAGGAGAAAGCGUAGAGAAAAGUCUGUAAAGAAAGGAGGAGGAUCAGUGCAAGCACGUCCGUUCGCGAGGUUGAUUCGCAAUCGUCGAAAGUAAAACGGUUCGUUGGUUCCCGCCCGACAAGGCUGUGUAGUACACGCGGUUCUCCUAGGAUAUAUACCGACACGCCACCCACCGUUUGUGUAUGUGCCACUUUGUCUGCACGCGUGUUGGUACCAUACGAUCACGGUUGCGGUGUUCGCACCUUCCAGAAGUGAAUUCGACGAUUCGGGCCGAACAGCAGCCGGACCAGCCACUUUAACCGCCUGGCUUGGUCUUCGAUCGAUCGAUCGGAGAGAAACUAGCUCGUUAGAGCUCGAGGAGAGUAAAACGUACACAGAGGCUCAUUUUUGAUACACGAGAUCGAUCGUGAUUUUUGACCAGGAUGUCGCACAAGAUGCUGAGCCAAGGAGCGCCGGUUCACGGGGGCAGCUCACAGAGAACGCCAAUGCGCCCAAUGAUAGCGGAAUACGACCCAAAGAAGCACGGUGUGAAAACAGAACUGUCAGACACGGUUCUUGUCAAAUACAAGUGCGAGAAAAAUGACAUACCGAUUACCGUCACGAACGGCUCGACGUUACCGCUCGUGGAAAGACCGAACGACGAGGAAGCGGCCCUUUACAAUCCGUUCGAGCACAGGAAGUUGGCCCAUCCGACUUCGGAUCUGGAUACGUUGAUACAUCUUCUGAAAGGAAGCUUAGGAACGGGAAUUCUAGCGAUGCCAAUGGCCUUCCGUAACGCCGGUCUGUUGUUCGGCCUGAUCGCUACCUUCUUCAUCGGUGCUGUUUGUACCUACUGCGUUCAUAUUUUGGUCAAAUGCGCUCAUAAUCUAUGCAGGCGGACUCAAACGCCGAGUCUAGGGUUCGCCGAAGUCGCGGAAGCCGCGUUUCUGGUCGGUCCUGAGCCGGUACAGAAAUACGCUCGCCUAGCCAAGGCGACGAUCAAUUCGUUCUUAGUGAUCGACCUGAUAGGCUGCUGCUGCGUGUACAUAGUUUUCAUUUCAACCAACAUCAAGGGGGUGGUCGACUACUACACGGAGACCGACCGCGAUGUUCGAUUUUAUAUGGCGGCGUUGUUGCCUUUCUUGAUCGCUUUCUCGCUCGUGAGAAACCUGAAAUUCCUGGCGCCGUUCUCCAUGAUCGCCAACAUAUUGAUCGCCACUGGAAUGGGGAUCACGUUCUACUACAUUUUCAGCGACUUGCCCAGCAUCAGCGAUUUACCCAACUUUUCGAGCUGGUCUCAGUUACCUCUGUUCUUCGGUACGGCCAUCUUCGCUCUCGAAGGCAUCGGUGUGGUGAUGUCUCUGGAGAACAAUAUGAAAACCCCGACGCAUUUCAUCGGUUGCCCAGGUGUGCUCAACACUGGUAUGUUCUGCGUGGUAUUGUUGUACAGCACCGUCGGUUUCUUCGGCUACUGGCGGUACGGCGAGGACACGAAAGCCUCGAUCACUCUGAACCCAGAGCAAAACGAGGUUCUGGCCCAAUCGGCCAAGUUAAUGAUCGCGGUUGCCAUCUUUCUCACCUACGGUCUCCAAUUCUACGUUCCGAUGGAAAUUAUCUGGAAGAACCUGAAACAAUAUUUCAGCUCGAGGAAACUCCUCGGCGAAUACCUAGUCCGUAUCCUGAUGGUGAUCUUCACGGUGGGCGUGGCGAUCGCUAUUCCAAACCUAGGUCCGUUUAUCUCUUUGGUAGGCGCUGUGUGCCUGUCCACUCUCGGUUUGAUGUUCCCUUCUGUAAUCGAACUGGUCACUGUAUGGGAACAAGAGAACGGUUUGGGGACGUGCUACUGGAGGCUCUGGAAGAACCUAGCUAUCAUCCUGUUCGGUGUAUUGGGUUUCAUAACCGGAACCUACGUCAGCAUCCAGGAGAUCAUCGAAGAGGACAAAUGAAGCGCCGGGUUCGAAGGAGCUGCGGUGCGACGGAAUAAUCGCUCAGCGCGUACCACAGAUGCCGGCGUGUCGUUGGACACCUUCCGCGCUCUCGUCGAGCGAACUCGUCGUCCGACCAGAGGAACGACGAUUACGACCACCGGGAGGGUGGGUGAUGCUGCCGCGGCUGGAUCAUCCAGCGAAAGGUCAUGCGAGCGCGCGAGCUCUCGACUCGUAGCUUCGUCUCGCUCCUUUUAUACGUUUCACUUCACGCUAUUGAUAGCACGACGGCUGUAUCGACGACGAAGACGUUAUCCGUUAGAUAGGAUCCAUCGUCGAUCCUCGGAUCUUUUCUCUCUCUCUGUUUCUUAUUUCUUUGCUGUAAUCGUGCGCGUGUAUCGCGUCUAGGUACUAAGAGGAGUUUGCGUAUCGAAUUUCUGUACGGAAAAAUUGCUUGUACGUAUCUCUUGGUUCUCUACUUUUCCGAGCACGAGUUUUUCUUUCCUUUUUUUCUCUUUUGCCUUUCUUAUGAAAAAAUUCAGUUCCUUCCAAGGAACGCGAAAGAAGCAAAUUCCGUCUAUCUUGUUCUCGGCUGAUUGUAAUCUCGAAUAUACGAUCGUUGCGACGAUAACGAUAAUACAGGAAAAAUUCAAAGAGCGGAGAUACGCAAAUUUCUUUCACGCGCAAAGCAACGUUAAUCGAGCAAAGAGAAUCCUCACCACUGCUUCGCCACUUUCCAUGCGACCCGCGUAAUCGAUGUACAACGCGUACGACAUGAGCGCGUGGCUAGAUAUCAUAGAAAAUUCGAUCGAUCUUCAGCGAUUUACGUCAGAAUCGUCGCUACUGACGUCGGGCUGUACAACACCGUACGCCAAGUGUACGGUAAGAAUCAUUAAUGCGGUAUGUUGACCUAUGCGUAGGCGGUUUCAUAUGUUCCAUUACGCAACGACUCUGCGAAUAAAUUAAAUUUUCGUAUUAUAUCUUUCAAAUUGUCAAAUUCUCAGUUUCGAAUUUUCGAAUUUCGAAAUUUCCACGCGUUAAAUUGACAAAUUUCACAAAUUUUCGAAAACUUAUUUCACAUCGUGCGACGUUAAUGAUUUUUACCGCGCAUUCCUAUACAUUCGAGCGAUUAACCGAGCAAAGUCAAUAGCACAACGUGGCUCGGAGUACCCGGAUCCACGAGAUCGUCGAUUCCACGACACGCGGGAUCCGUGAGAAUUAUCGAGACGAGUAUCAUCAAGUACGUGGAUAGAGGCGCCCAUUUUCCUCUGCCUUCUUCUCUCCUUCUUUCUCUCUCUCUCUCUCUCACUCUCACUCUCUUUUAUUAUUUAUUCGCGUUGCGUCGAUCGUGCGCACGACGAAGCUUUACCAUCGACUUGACACAACUGCGGGACGGUUUCUUUUUGUCGUUUUUAGUAGCUUACGCGCGUAUUAUGUACGAGUAUAGAUACGUAAAUUAUACUUAAGCGUCAUUUAUACCUACGAACAAGGACCGUUCGCGUUUUAUAUUUCUUUUCUUUUUUUCUUUCGCAUUGACGUGCGUUCGUUCGUUCAAUUUCGCCGUGACAAAAGAGCGGUCUGUGAGAUAAAGAGGUUUCCGAGGCCGAUCAUCGAUCGAAACUAUUUUAUAGCUGAUAAUGAGAAAUUAUCUUCUUAUCGUAGAGCUUGCUAAUCACAUUCAAAAAUCAGAACAGAACACAACGGAACAAAACGGAACAAAACGGAACAGAACGGAACAGAACGGAACAGAACGGAACAGAA